AUGAACCGAUCUUCGCGUCUUCAUACUCUUUUCGAAGAUAAGAUCGCAAACUAUUCAAGAAUGUUAGCAAAAGAGGCUUCACGAAGAUUGGCGAGUGCCCAAGUGGCUUUCCAUGCUGCGCAGAAGAAGUUGUCAUUGGCAAAGGAGGUCUUCCAAUCGAAAAAGUCCACUGCCGAGGACUUGAGGAUCAAGAAAGAAAAUGCGAAGAACGCACUUCGCGAAGCACGCUUGAGGUAUCAUCAAACUAAAGUGCGUUUUAACAGCACACUUUAUCAUUUCCAAGACCUCGAAAGCGCAGUUUGUGAGAUACAGGAUUGCAACUACACCUGUUUAGAAAACGGCUGUGCCGUCCCCGAUCUGUGUCAAGAUCUUCAGAAUAUCACAUUUCUGGAGCAUGAGUGUGAUGUAGUACAAAAUUUCAUAAAAGUUGAAAAGGUACAAACAAGAAAAGAAAAACAAAGAUUCCAGGUUCCGAUAUAUAAAGUGAUAUAUACUGGUAACUGCAAAUCGGAUAUUUCUCCAUCAAUCAUUGAUGGAGCAAUGAAAGGAUUUGCAAUUGGUGGACUGGUUGGUGGAGUAAUUGGUGGAGUAAUUGGUGGCGCCUUCAGUGGUUGUGACGAUACCUACGAAACGGUAAUUGGUGGCUAUCGAACUGUCGAAUACUAUGAAAAAGUUUUCGAGACCAAAUCGGUUGACACAGCCGUCCAGAAAGUCGAGUGUACUGGUCAAACAGAAAGGACAAAACCUGGUGGAUAUGGCCCCCCUUACAGUUGUUGCAAGCAAACAGGAUGCGAAACAAAAGUGUUAGAUCCUCAAUGCAUCUCAACCAACAAUGAGUGUGAAAACUCCCUGAAGGAACUCAAAUUCCUAUUAGACGUGCGGAAUAGAAGUUUGUUACCUGAAUUUCUCUUGUUAAGAAAUGCUGCUAGUGAGGUGAAAACUACAACGUUUUCCUUUGAGAAAGCCAGAGUGCACCAUGAGAAGGCAAUUAUAUUGCUUAAGCAGGUAGAAGCACACAUGAAUCAACAAUUUUCAGCAGUGAAGAUCACCAAUGCUUCUUUGGUGCGCGUUCGACGAAUUGUUGACUUUGGGUUGAGAAUAGCAGAGGCCUUAAACGCCUCAGACGGCAAGGAGGUUGUAGAUCUUGACGAACUGAAAUUUUCCCUUUUCGUGCCAUCCGAGGGUUUUGGGAAGAUUUCUUUUCAAAGUAAUGCGAGCACAGUCAGUGGGAAACGAGCAACUAUUCGCUUUCUUGUUGAUUUCAACCAAGUGGAACGUUCAAUUAGCUCGGCGUCCAAAAGCAUUGUUGCCAAACUGUUUGCUGGCGAACACUCAAGAAGAAAACGAUCCAUUCCAGAAGCGAUUUCAGAAAACUCAACUAAUUCUGUAGAUUCUAGCUUCACUGAUUACCAAUAUGCAUGCCUGUUUAUGAACAAAACACACCAAUACUUGAAAAACAUGUUUGAUUCGUUAGGAGACCUUAUUGCUUCAGUUAAAGGAUUGAACUUUAAUCUUUCCUCUGGUUUAAGAGAACUGGAAAUUUUAACCCAGACUGCCGUCAAUAGUUCUCUGUCACAAAAUAUAUCACUGAAUGCUAGCAGCGGUGACAACUCAAACAACUCGUUUCUUGAAGAAUACGUGGAAAUGUUACAAGUGUUAAAAGAUGGAAUCAUUGGAUUGAACAAUGAUUCUUCACAACACUGGAAUGAUAGUCUUGAAGCUUGGAGGGCUUUUCUCGAGGUUUUUACUUCUGCCAAAGAAUUUGAAGAGUGCUCUGGCACACAAGACUGCAUUGAAUACUUUUUUGCGGGAGCAAAAGAAUUUUACGAAUUUGAAGACAGUCCAAGGGCCCUCGAGAUCAAAGAGGCACUUCCUCAACUCAAAGAGGUAAUAAAAUCAUUAACAACUGAAGAUAUGAGUAUGCAAGAGGCCGAGCAAGCCCUCACUAGUGCUGCUUUGUUAAUGAAUUUAACGUACGACGAUUCGGUUUUGUGUGGUGGAUUACCACGCAUAACAUCCUCUUCUCAGGGAGAAGUCAUUACCUUUCCUGGGUACAACUUGACACUGAGCUGUCGUGCUAAAGAGGAACAGAGAUUAAAGUAUGCUUGGAGACGAAACGAUAAUAGCAUAAGCGAAUCAGUGGAUGGAACUUUCCACGUAGGUAACAUCACCACUGAAAAUGAAGGUGCUUAUUAUUGUAUUGUCUCAAACAACAAAGGAAGCACAGUUUCCAACGUGACACUUGUCAAAGUUCAUAGGAAACCAGUGAUCACUGAUAAUCCAAAGCCACAGAGGGUGGUGUUUAGAAGCCAAAUGCCAGUGACAUUCACUUGCAAUGCAACUGCUAACCCAUUACCCACUUUUCAGUGGUUCUAUCAACCCAGGAACUCGUUGGCUAUCAAAGUCAAUGAAACCAGACCUGUUUUAUUCAUUGCUAACCCUGAUCUUCAACAAGAAGGAUAUUACUAUUGCAAUGCAUCUAACGCGCAUGGAAUAGCAGUCACACAGAGAGCCCGAUUAGAUGUAUUAAAUUACACAGUUGGUCUGCCAAGGCUACUUGUUGCCUUCAAUCUCACCACUCGCUGUUGGAAUUCAUCUUCAAAUUCUUCUAACAGCUCUGUCCCAAAUCCCCUUCCAUGUGAUUCUGAAUCCAUUAACAUAGAGCCAUCAUCGCUUGACAGAAACUUGAGUUUAACAAGGAUCCUCCUCCACUCUUUGGCAAGCUCUCUGAAUGUGUCAAAAGAGUUAAUUUCUCAAUUAGAAUAUUUUUCGCGAAAUGAUUCAAGGCUGUCCGUGGUAUUCAUUUUAAACGUUGUAAACAAACCUUGGAAACAAGACAACUUAAAAUUUUAUGUAGAUAUCGUUGAAGUAAUCGCAGUUGCCAAGGCUAACAUACUCACACAGCUACAACAGUUUAACACAGAGGUUAUUAACAAGACUUUCACAGUUCCAUGGAAUACCUCAUCUCUGGUUGGAGAACCUGGCAGCGUACAUGUUUACUCGUUACCUCCCAAAUGUCCCGAGGGACAAUACCUAAGUGGAAAUGGUUUUAUUUGCGGUACGUUUCCAGUUUUCUUGCAGUUAUACCUUACAUGACCUUAACUAUUAAUAAAGCCUGCAAGCAAGCUCUCCUUUUGGGGGGGGGGGGGUGAUCAGAAGUCUCGCGAGAGCGGCACACGAAAGGAAAUGCGUGUGCGCCGCCCCUCGCGACUGUUUUUACUCGCUUACUCGCCACUCAAAAUGGAGAGCUUGCUCACAGGCUGCUAUUAACAUAGCACGGCGUAUUAAGUGUGUAUCACCAAAGAGACAGAAAACAGAAAUGCGCAAAUAUUUUUCAAAUUAUGAAUUCUCUUAUUCCUAUGUUCUUUGUAUUCAUGUUCUAUGUAUUUAAGUAUUCGCGUACAGUAUUAGUUAACUCUGCUAGUUUAGUAUAGUAGCUGAGGUAGGUAUUGUAGAUUGAAGCGACAGAACCAAAGGUUUUACAUUGAGCCUUUCAAACGGUCCUCUAGACGGGGACGGAUCCAGAAAACUCAGAACGGGUAAACCGGCACGCUUGCCGCUAUAUAGAUACUAUUAAUUUCUCUAAGAAUUCUUUAAAAUUAAAAUAAAAAUGAUACAUCACAGAAAAAGGGAGGCGGUUGUCCCCUCGGACCAACCCCAAAUCCGCCCAUGCGAGCCGAACACUGUACAAAAGAUAGAAGUACACGAAUCACAUUAUUUUUCUUGUUUAGCGAAGAGAUACCUUGCUGGAGAACAUCAAGUAUUUUUCUUGCAAAUGUGUUUUUGCUUGUUCCAUUUAAAGAAACAUCGAACAUCGACGUUUUCUUAGUUGAAAUCAAUGUUCAAACUAUCUUUAGUUACCACAAACACAUUUCUUAUGCAUAGUUCAUUUCUCUUCUCGUUCAUUUUACAUGGCGAAUAAACGUGCGUAUCGUGUUAUGAUUCCUAACAAAAAAAAUGUCGCUACCUUUUAGCAAACUGUCCUGCUGGUUCACACUACAACGCAGAAAACACUAGCUGUGUCAAAUGUCCAGUUGGUACUUACCAGCCUGUGCAAGGUCAAAAGGAAUGUAUUCCCUGCGGUAAUGACCUCACUACAGCCUCGAAUGGGACAAUUGAAGAAUCAGAUUGCUUCGGUAUGUUUGUAGCACCAUUUAAUUGUCUGAGCUUCCUUGUUAGCCUGUACUGUAACUGGAAUGGGUUGGCGGUGACAAUGAAAAGACCUUGCAUAGCUGCAUGUCAUUGUUUUAUGUUGAUUAUACUAGGGCGUGUACCAAAAGUCAGAACAAGCGGCUUCAGACCGGUCAUCUUGAAAAAGAAAUUCGCUAAAAACCUACCACCCCAAUACACACUAUUUUAAGGUUGAGACUAAUCUAACUGGACAGUCCUUUCUUAAUAGCAAACUAUUUUCUUUGCUACUGGACUAGUCUGGCCUACUAGUUGUGAUUCAUGGUAAUUGCUCUUCGAUAUGCAGUGAGGAGUUCGGUUUUUCAAUCCAGUCCCGCCCUUUUCAUAGCAAAAACUGUGCUCUUUGCACUGCCCGUUAUCUCUUUUGUGCAGAAGAAAACAGGUUACUGAUUGGACAACCAGUAUCACCAAACACUCUUAUUUUCUUUAUUCUCAAUAUUUCUUGUGACCUCGUUAUAUUAUGUUCAAAUAAGCAAGGUAAAUUGAAUUCCUUUCAGUCAGUGAUGAGUCAAAUGAGCACUGAGUCUCUAUUGACAAUCAGUAGGUUGAAGUUCAAACUACUUGCCCAUAAAGUUGAGUUAAAAAAUUCCUUGAGAAAUGUGUUGAAUGUUCUUUUGUACUAUCCUUGGGUAGAGAUAAGCCACGCCAAAUAAAAAGCAGUCGUAAAAUUUUUGGCUUGUACCUUGAAAAGGUCAGCAUAUUUUCUCAUUCUCUCUUGACAGCUGACUGCCCACCCGGUUCUUUCAAGAACAUGAGCAGAACUUGCAUUUUAUGUCCCCGAGGCACUUACCAACCUUCAAGAGGAAAGCUUUCUUGUAUUUCCUGUGGACAAAAUCUGACUACCCCUUUAGCUGGAACAGUGGACAAAAAACUCUGUAUUAGUAAGUUUAAAACAUAGUUUUAUAUGCAAAAAUGAUAGAAAUUGACGAAGUAAAGAGUAAAACUAUGAAACGUUUGAACCCAGGAGUCAUUUCAUAAGUAGGUUGAGUAUGAUCGUCCGGGUGAACGUGGACCUGAAUGGGACUGUUGUUGACAGUGACUGACGUUUAGUCACUUGUGCAGUAGUCAUCUUCAGAGAAGUGAAUUGUAUCACGUCAGUCGAUGAUAUUAAAGUGCCAAAGAGUACAUGUUACUAGUAAAGUCGAGUUUUAGUUCAGUCUCGCCAAAUUCAGCAUAAGCUCAGAACGACAAAACAAAACGGUCAUUCAGCGGCAAUUAUCAUUUAACGACAUUAAUUAAUUAUUAUCAUUUUUAUUUUAUUGAUUAUUAAUUUUUAUUUGAUCCAUUUCAGACGGUGAUCUCCCUUUUGUGUUAAUUAAUCACCGAAUAAAUACUCGUAGUCAGAACUGGAUUUUGUUUAACCCUAUUCAGACCAGGUGGAGGCUUUUGGAGAGAACUGGAUAUUGAGAACGUUUGAAGACUGAUUAUUAUUUCUUCUUUCUUUGCCGUAUUUAGCAAACUGUCCUGGUGGUUGGUAUUAUGAUAUGGAGAAAUACACCUGUGUUGAAUGUCCACUUGGUACAUUUCAACCCUCACAAGGUAAAAAGGACUGCAUCCCAUGUGGCAAGAACCUCACCACAUUCUCAAAUGGAACAGUAAAAGAAUCGGAUUGCAUCGGUAAGGCAGCAAUUGGUAAAUCAUUCAUCAUCUAUUUUCUCAGUAAUUAAGUCUUAUUGAUUAAAUAACGAGGAUAUAUCUAUCAGCCGUUUUUUCAAUGUUAAUUGAGAUAUUAAGAUUUGAAGAAGAGGACGAUAUUUAUCUAGUAAAAGUUUUUUUCGCGUAUUCUCAAAAAUUAGACUCCUGAGGAAACAUCAUUUUACCUUUCUACCAGAAAGUAAAUAACAUCUCCCGAUCGCAAAAUGUUAAAGCUUCCAACUUACGAAAACUUGUUUCCGUGACUUUCUGCGCAAAAAUCCGCAGUGGAAUGGCGACGGCUACCGUGUUUUCCCGCCAAAAUGACGCUGGCUCACGCGAGCGCACUACUUAGUAUUGUGAAAAUUGAGUUCUCGAAGCCGUCCUCGUCUUAGAAUCUAAAGUUCUAUUGUUAAGAGGGUAUAUUUUUUCUAGCUGACUGUCCAGCUGGUUCAUACAGUACACUCGUGAACCGAACGUGCAUCUUGUGUUCCCAUGGCUCUUAUCAACCUGAAAGAGGUCGGAUAUCUUGCAUAUUGUGCGGUAUAAAUCUUACAACCCUAUCAAAUGGAGCAGUUAAUGAAGAGCAAUGUAGUGGUAAGUGAAUGAAGCUAGUUGAAUAAAAGGCACGUUUGUUUGUCCGUAUUCUGGAUCGGAAUAGGAAUUUUUUAGAUAGUUACUGAAAUAUACUCACUGAAAAGCUAUGACGUAAAUUUUCAUACACAAAUGAGUUGUAGCCAAUCAGGAGCGAACGAUGUUUUUCACAGGUGAAAAAGAAAAACAAAAAACAAAAACUGCUACUCCCAAUCAGAACCGCAAAAACGAUGUUUUUUGACGUGUGAGAAAAAUGAUACGUCCAAUCAAAAGCCACAGAGGUGUGUGAGUUUCGCGCCAAAUUUCCCGCCUUUUAUAGGCACUUGUACCGUACAGCACCCUCCCUUUGUGAGUUGUUCUCGGAAACUGGAUUGGAAUAGAUUUGUAUAUAAAUUCACUAUCGAUGAAGUAAUUUGAAGAUAACCGGUAAACUAACACGGAAGGGAAAAAAACCGAACGAGACGUAAGCUUGUACUUUCUAUUGGAGCAUAGCUAAUAUGUUUCUGUUUAUAUUCAAACCGGUCAUUUUACUCAAAAUCAUUCAGUUUUAAUUGUACAUCCAGAAACAGAAAAAGAGUUAAAAUUACUUGUAAUUACUGGAUUACUUCACAUCCUUGCUCAAAUUAUAAUUUUUAUGAAGCGUCUUUUCUUUGUCAUUUCGCGGUGUGUAGCGGCAUAUUUUGGCUAUUUUAGGAUUUGAAAGCUUUGAAAUAAAAACUGGCAAAAUGUUGAAUGUCACGGUAUGUAUAUAAUAAAGUGCCUUGUACGGUAUUUACGCACUCGUUGUUUUUGUAUCAGAAAUCGAACGAGUGAGCGCAGAGUGCGUAAAUUCCGUACGAGGCACUUUCCAUGAAGUAUUCUAUAUAUACAUAGAACAAUGCCACUGAUGUUGCGUGUUCUCGUUCUUCUCUUUCCGUUCAGCUGACUGUCCAGCUGGCUCGUACAGUACCCUGAACAGGACGUGCAUCUUAUGCCCCCGCGGCACUUACCAACCUGAAAGAGGGAGGCCAUCUUGCAUUUCCUGCGGACAAAAUCUUACUACACCAUCAAAUGGAACAGCAGAUAAACUUCAAUGUAUCAGUAAGUCUUGAAGCAAAUAUUUGUUAUUUAAUCAAACUGAAAAGUUUUUGUUUGUCAAGGACCAUUUUCAGUAUUGAGCCAAUGAUAACUAAUAAUGUGAAGCGGCGAUGGAAAUAUUUCACUCCUUUUGUGGAACAGACCGGUUCUGAAAAAUGUAAAAGUUGCCUGUCUGAUAAGUGUCAGGGAGUAGAAAGCAGAAACAUAGAUAGGGGCAAAUUUAAAGCUACCACAGAGGAGCGCAUUAAUUAUAAAGGACACAAAAUUGCUUGUCGCAAAUAUAGCAAGUGCAGCUAUAAACUGACAGUACUGCUAGUAGUUCUGGUAAUAAUUCCGUUAUUUACCCUAAGCAGUAUUUAUAGCACUAAUGCAAGUGCGGCCAAGCAAAUGCCUAAAUAAUCUAAAUCGAACAGGGUUAAGAUUCCCAACUGUCUGGAGGCAAACUAGGCGGCUAUUUACAAGCGUGGCCAAAGAUUUGAUGAACAAAUUCAGCUAGCGGUCUGAGCGGGACUUGAAAUCGGGGCCUCCGAAUUGCAAGUCUAGCCCUCUAACCACUCGGACCAUUCGGACCACUCGGCCACAUUGACAAUAACCGAAAUUGAUAUAGAAAAUGAUAGCUCCGCUAGAUUCUCAGUUAGGUUUUUAUAGUUAAUGUUUGGGAAAAUAUUUGCCCUUGAUCAUAUAAGAUUUAAGCACUCCAAACUCAGAAGUUAUGGGAAGACCGGUACGCGAUUAAUAUGUAAUGAACUUGUCCUUGAGUAUAUGCAAUUUUUACUUUGUGUACACUUUAUUACCAACCCAACGGAAGGGGAUCGAGGGCACGAGCGUGGGUUUGUCAGCUAAAAUCAAACUCCUAUUUUGCACUUGUUUUAAUUAUUUCAUGAAAUUCAAAGCAAAACAAAAUUCGUAAUUAGCUGACAUGGGUAUUUCCUUUAAUAGCAAAUUGUUCUUCUGGUUCCUACUAUAACACGGAGAAGGACGAUUGCGAUAAAUGUGCAACUGGUACUUACCAACCUGGACAAGGUCAAAAGGAAUGUAUUCCCUGCGGUGAAAAUCUUACCACACUGCUUAAAGGGAUGGAAAAAGAAUUAGAUUGCAUCGGUAAGUUGUCCAUUGACUAAUAUCGUUACAUUAGUUUGCUUGUGGCGUGGUAGCCAAUCAAAUAAGAUUUGAUCAUUUUGUGUUUCAAAGAUCAUAAGACAAUAAAGAAAAAAAUUACCGAUAAGAGAGAUCUAUACUCACACUGUCCUGUCCAAAGGAAGCCAAAAACACCUUCGAUACUGUAAGGAACAGUUUUUUUUUAUUUCGCAAAAACCGCAACCAUUUCUUUAUUCUGUUGUAUAGCUUAUGUUCAGAUUCGGACGCUCCGGUUUCAUCGUAUCGUUUCUAAAGAUGGAACAUUUAUUAAAGACUUUAAGUUACUGACUUUUCUUCUUGUGUUCGUCUUUGUAGCUGACUGUCCACCUGGUUCAUUUAGUACACCCAUAAACAGAACGUGCAUCUUGUGUCCACGCGGCACUUACCAACCUUCAAGAGGUCGGCUGUCUUGCCUUCCGUGCGGUCAAAAUCUUACCACUACGUCAGCUGGAACAGUGGAUAAAAUCCUAUGUUUUAGUAGGUUCAAGGGCAUUUUACUUGGUUUCUUCAAAUGAAUUAGUAUAGCUUUUUUUCUCUUUUUUUAGUUAUGGUUCUCUCGUCUUAAGUCUAGUAAGUAAUCAGAAAAAAUACUUAAGAUGGGUCAGAGGAGCGUAGCCUUCGACCACCACACGACUUGUAAGCCAGUGAGAAAUGGAGUUAGUACUACGAUCAAUGCGCUGAACUUUUCGGUUUUGUCUACUGGCGAGAUAAAACUGUAGACGGAUUGAAAGGCUGCUUUUUCCAUCGUUAGCCCUUCGCUUGAGAAAAUUCUACGCCUAGAAUCCUAAACCAAAAGCUGCCCCCUGUCCUCAGCCAGCGUGAAUGAGAUCAGAACUCUUACCAAACUACCUUGAGUAAGGCUGCAUGGUUUCAUUUCAAAUGUGAUCUUUUUGUAAUAUUUCUGUGUAUCUUCAAUGGCCUUCCGUUUCAACAUCAUAUACUUCAGACACUGCUGCGAAGUGAAACCGGCUUUGUUCUGGUCACUAACAUAUUCUAAUAUCUACCAUCUUUGGCUUUAAAAGCAAACUGUUCCUCUGGUUCAUACUACAAUGCCGGGACCAACAAUUGUAGUGCAUGUCCACUUGGAGCAUACCAACCUGUUCACGGUCAAAAAAAGUGUAUUUCCUGCGGCGAGAACUUCACUACAGCCAUGAAUGGAACAGUAAAAGAACUGGAUUGCGUUGGUAAUGUGCGCUACAUAAUGUAUGCAUGAGCUUAGCUCGUUCUUCUUACGUUGUUGGGUGUGUCAGGUGGCGAAUUCCCCUGUGGUAGUAGUCGAGAGAUAAAGAUUUAAGCUAUCACUGGUUUUGUAACAAAAACAUUUAUAGUUUCUUUUAUAGUUUCUUUUCGAGACUACCAUAGACUGUAGUACUUUCGGAAUAUUUUCCCAAACUUGAUUUCGUACUCGUAUUCGUAUUCAAAUCUAAGGGGCACUGAUAAGACAACAUAUUUGUCAUAUUUGUAAUAUAUGCAGCUGCUGAAUCGAUAAUUCCAAACUGAAUGAAUUUUCUGAAAAAUAUCUACACAGGGCUAUGUUUUGUUCCGCCAGAAAUAUUUAGCAAUUAUUGAAUUUGGCUUUCGUAGGAUAUGAAGAAUUCUGCAGAUCGAGGAGGGUGUUAUCCACCGAGACCGAAGGCCGAGGUGGAUGACAUUCUCCGAGAAAAAUACUUCCAAGUUUAAAAACGAGCUAAAACAUGCUAACCUAUCGAUACUGCAUCUUUAUCGGGAAGUUUAGGAGAUAAAGGUCUAUUCAUGCCUGCAAAUAUACUCCAAAUAGCAGAUGUAGUCCGUCUUCAUGCUGUUCUUGUCAUGUUUUUAGACAAUAUUUCGCCGUGAAACGAGCAAAUUAUUCCGCCGACUAUUCCGCCAUUUUGUUCGCACUACCAAAACAACUCAACCUCGUCCCCAGGUUUUCACGGUCAACAAUUUAAUAACCUGCAACCAGGCUGCACUUUUGACGUCAUUUUGACGUCAUCGGUUCACUGUGGCAAAAUUCUUUCCAAAUUUGGUCAACAGUAGCUGGCUGGUUAUGGUGAAUUAUGCGUGAGGUUUUAACCAAUCAGAAACGGGUGAAUAUUUUGAAUGAAUAAUGACAAUUGUUACAUUAAUUUUAUAGCUAACUGCCCGGCUGGUUCAUACAGUUCCCUCAACCGAAAGUGCGUCUUAUGUCCCCGCGGCACUUACCAACCUGAUAGAGGGCGGCCAUCUUGCAUUUCCUGCAGAAAAAAUCUGACUACACCUAAAAAUGGAACAGUGGACAAAAUACAUUGUAUAAGUGAGUGUCAUUUUCAAUUCGCUUGCCAGAAUUGUUGGCUGAAUAUUUAAGCUGUAAAAUUUAGUGAAAGUCCCUGAUGUAACUGAUAACAUUACCAUUCGUUAUGGCUUUUCGUCUUUUUUCCGUUCAAACGUGUCGCAUAGUGGUACUAACGUUACAUAGGUCUUCGUAACAUGGAGUUUCUAAUCACUUUUAUUGUUUCAAUAGCAAACUGCUCAGCUGGUUCGUACUAUACUGAGAGUGGAAACUGCAGUAAAUGUCCACUUGGUACUUAUCAACCUGAUCAAGGCCAAAAAGAAUGUAUUCUGUGUGGCCAAAACUUCACCACAGCCUUGAACGGAACAUCAAAGGAAUCAGACUGCAUUGGUAAUGAAUGUUUCCUAGGGUACAGAAAGCAGCAUGUACAUAACUAAAAACAUUGAUGUUGUCGUACUUCAACGACAUCAGUAUCAACAAACUUUUUUUCAAGUUUGUGUCUCGAAAUCUCUAUAAGGUGGUGACAUGAAUAUCAUACUUUUAGAAGUAGCACACAAGCUAGCCUACAUUAGUCACGCGCACUGCAAUGUUUUGCUACGAUUUAAACAUUAUCAUUCAGGUAAUUAAUGACUGUUUACGCGUAAUUUGUUUUUACAUUUUUAUAGCUGACUGUCCAGCAGGUUCGUACAGUUCCCUAAACAGAACGUGCAGCUUGUGUCCCCGCGGUACUUACCAACCUUCAAGAGGUCGGCCAUCUUGUUUUUUCUGUGGGCAAAAUCUUACUACGUCCUCUGCUGGAACAGCUGAUAGAAACCAUUGUAUUGGUAAGCAAUCACUGUUUUCGAUGAAAAAAGCUGGUUGACGUUUCCAGUUGAACACUAUUCGUCUGACGAGUGCCUCUGCUCUACACAUGAUCUCAGUUUGUAACCGGUUAAAAACCGCUUUCCUUGAUUCUCUUUUUUUUAGUUAACAAUUCACUACAACUUAAUUCCGUUUUCAAGGUUCUUUUGUUUCUUUCAUUAUACAACAAGUGGCUGUAAUGUCAUGAUAUAUCCAGGUGGCUGCCCCCAAGUUAUGGAAUGCUCCUCCGCGCAAGCUUCGCGACAUUCCGUACUUACAUACUUUUAAACGCCAUCUUAAGACGCACCUUUUUAAGUUUCCUUAUAGUUAAAUGAAUUUUAAUUUUUACAUAUCAAUAUUUUAGAUUUUUAUUGUAGUAGUGUAUAUAUUUUUGUCGUUUUUCGUAUUGUAAAUUUAAGAAUUUGUUCAUGCUUAGUUAUGGAUGCUCUUCGGAAGUUUGGAGAGCACGAAAGAUGCGUAAGAAUUGCUCGAGGCGCAGCCAAAAGCAACUCUAGCUUCUUGAGUGCUCUCCAAACUUCCGAAGAGCAUCCAUAACUCGAUAUACGAACAGCUAAAAGCAUGAGCAAAUUCUUUUAUAACAUAGCGGACGAAAAUGCUUGCUUUUUGGAUAACUGCAAAAUUCUCGUAACGCGCGACACAAUAAGAAACGCUUCUAUUGGCUGAUUACAAAAACACAACGAUCGUCUAGUUUGAAUGAAAAUUCUUUCUGUAAAACUGAGAAAGAAAAUUUGCUUAUUUAUUCCUUAACGAUCAAUGGAAACUAAGCAGAAACAAAGGUAAAAGAGUGUUAACGUCCACCAUACCCGCAUGUUCUUAAGAAGUCGCGGAGUAUGGUUUGGAUUUGCUGAAAAGAUGUUUAUGUUUUGCUCGGCGAAAUCCAGAAGCUUGUCUGUUAGCGAAGACGACUGUUAUCCUACUUUAAACUUAUAUUCAUUUUACGAACAAUCGCUGGUCAUUACAACUUCAGCGUGCAAAGAAAGUCGUGUCCGAUAGCCCGGGGCUAGUGGAUUUUGCUAUCGGGCUAGUGAUUUUUGUUCUUAACUUGCCCAACGGGCAAGUACUGUUUUUUGGGGAAAUUCAAAUUACAGAAGGAUUGUAAUCAAUCCAGUCAAUUGUGCUAAUCAAAAAGGGUUAGGCGGCUAGUUGAAAUUACUUGUGGGAUAGUAAAUGCUAGCUACAGCUUGGCCAAAUGGCAGGCUGAAAAACUGACUUUCUUUGCACUCUGAGCUUCUUGAGAAAAGCUGGCAGGAGUUGUUUUUGUGAGUAAUAACUAAAAAUUUAUGUCUUAUUGUGUAACUUGUCUUGUUAUUGCAAGAGAAAUUUUCCUGCUCCAAUCGGAUUGUUCGGCGAUAACAAAAGUGCAUAAAUUUUCGCUGUUGAGCUUACUUUAUGAUUAACUUGUUUUGUAAAGGAUAAACAAACGUUGAAAGCGGAGAACACUUUAUACAAAUUAGAUAUAUUCCGACACAGACCAAUUUGUGGUCUUUUUUCCACUUAAAUGUCAGUCUUUACGGCAGAUUUUUCAACGAAUCAUUCAGGCUCUAUUAUUUGUGAAACAUCUUCACCGCUUUUGCUGUUAGUUUGAGUGCUAAAACGAAGCUAAAUUCCAAAAAAAUCUAGAAAGUUUUUCAUCAUUGCCGUCGAUUUUUGGGUACUUAGGAAAAGAGACGAAAAACACAGAUGAACACGUCAUCAUGAAAAAAAAAAACCUUAAAUAAAAAUUUUGCUCAUAGCACUUGUAUAGGGCAAGCUCGCGCGCUAUGUUAUAAAGGUUUUUUUUAUGCUUUUAUUACCAAUGUAAUGCGCAUUUGAUCAUUUUUAUGAAUACUUGCGCAAUGUCAGUGAUUAAAUUAUUAUUGAAUUCUUACCACAACAGAGAUUACAAAACCAACAAGCAUCAUUCCGUUCAGUGUUGAACCCCCAGUAACAGUCACUGCCUCCCCAUCUUCAUCUCCGACGAGAAUUCUUGAAUUAAAGGUAUCAAAUUUUUAUCAAUCGUUGUAUCACAUCGCCCGUAGCUGACCUAGUUGUUUGUUAAGAUACUUUUUUUUUUAAAAAAUUGCUUGUCCUUUGGUAAUCCUUACGAUUUAAUUUGGUUGCCUAAAGUUCGAACUUAAUAUCAUUAUCAAUAUUAGUACUACCAUAAUUGAUGUCGUAUUUUGUCACUUCUGACGUAAAGCAAUUUUAUUUUUAGUUGUUUUUCCAUGGAAAGCUGGAUUCCUCGAACAUGAUAAGAGACAAGAAGAAAAUUCUUCAUUUGAUAGAAGAAGAAGUGUCUGGAUUUCUCGUCGUAAGACUUUUUUAUUUUAUUGGACAUACAGUCAUUUACAUUAUACACUUAUUAGUUCGGGAAAGCACUACUAAAAAUUGUCUUCUUCGUCUACCUUUGCGUUAGGGGAGGGAUUAAAAUUUAUUCUAAGGGGAGAAAUGCUAGCGCUGGGGCUCAAUUACUGACAAUUUAUUUUCUCUUCUCUUGAUCCGUGGAUUUUGUUUUAGGGAAGAGUCAUAUGUGGUGUUGCACUUUAUGCUUAAGUCACAAUUUUGCACCUCACAUAUAUAUAGUUGUCAACCUUUAAUAUAGGGAGUUUACGCAAUGAUGACGACGACGGCAACGAGAUUGGCAAAAAAGCAAAAGGCUUAGACAUGACAAGCAAAACAACUAUUUCAUUGAUAUGUUUGUUCCGAAAUGGGCACGCAGGCCCCAUAACUUAGGACGUUUUCCCUCCUGGGACCCUUGCAUUACCCCUGGGUAUUGAGCGUGGUAUUUAAAUGAUUUGCCAACAUCAGGAUCACUGAUCAGAUCGCUUUUCUAUGCGUUCAUGCCCUGAGAGGGCAUAUAUACUUGCGUUUUUUGCCCCCCCUCCUCCCCUCAGUGACGAAAACCCGGUUAUGUUGCAUUUCUUCGCAUACGCGGAAAUUAUUUUCGCCCAUAUCUUAAUAUUCCCCGCGUGUGCCAUAGAGGUGCAGCAUACCAAUGAAAAUUCUCCCACAACUUUGCACGUGCAUUACGUUUUCCGUACAUUUCUCUGCCGUCGUUGCACGACUACAACGUGAAACUGCCCCAAUUUCACGUUUUGUCUAGGACGGGAACAAAAGACAACAACUUUCUCUUUCUUUUCCUGAACUUUGAUGCAGUCCUUUAGAAUUCAACUCCAAAAAAAUUUGCCAACAUUCGACGAAAAAAAAAGAUGGAAUAAGCGCGAUUAAGACCCUGUUUACAUGGAGUGGGGGACCCCCGUUUUUAGUGGGGUAGGUUUCUUUUGUUUUGUGUUCCUCAGAGCGUAAAAACAAAAGAAACCAACCCGAGUAGACCGGGGUCCCCCACUAAUAAUAAUAAUAAUAAUUUAUGAACUUAUUGUGCGCAGCUUAACAUGAGAAUGAUCAGCUGCGCAUUAGAACUACAUUACUUUAAAAGAAACAAAUAUAAGAUAAUGCAUUAAAAAAAUAAUAAUAAAAAAAGAAUAUGUAUGCAUGCAAGUAAGAACUGAAUAUAAAAUUGCUCACCAAAAUAAAGUUUUAAAAAGAUAAGUCUUAAUAUGUGCCUUAAAACUGUUCACAUUGGUAAUCGCACGAAGUUCUUUUGGAAGAGAGUUCCAGAGCCUUGGCGCUGCUACCAUAAAAGCUGUAUCACCUAACGUCUUCGAUCGAGCAGCUGGCAUAGAAAGUAAAACACUAUCUGAAGAUCUAAGGUUAUAUAAGGACGAUUUAAAUGUUAGUAAAUCGCAUAGAUAUUUAGGAGCAAGGCCGUGAAUUGCUUUGAACGUAAUAAGCAGUAUCUUAAAUUCUAUCCGGGCUUUAACAGGAAGCCAAUGCAGACCACGAAGAAGGGGUGAGAUGUGGCAAAACCUAGGGGCAUUACAAACUAGCCUGGCUGAGGCAUUCAAAACUCUCUGCAAUUUGUUAAGCUGGUAGUUGGGCAGCCCAUACAAAAGACUGUUACAAUAAUCAAUACGAGAUGUAAUAAAUGCAUGGGCAAGCAUUUCCGUUGAUUCUCGAGACAAAUACUCCGUGUAAACAGGCCCUAAGUUUGAGUUUCAGUGAUGUUUUCGUAGCUGUCGCCGUCGCCCUUGCGUAAACUCCCUAAUACUUUGGCCGCUACUUUUGUUUAUUCAGCACGUUUUAAAAACCUAAAAUAUCAGUAGAAACCAGAAUCUAUUUUCAGGCCGAGAUGGAAAAUUUCGGUUCUUAUAAAGAAGGGUUUAGUUUUAGCCAGUCAAUUUUGUUUUCUUGACGUUUUCCACGCUAAAUUGUUUUCAAAAUUGCAGACCAAUGCUGUAACAGAGAGGAAACCUGAAAUGAAUGUAACCGAACAUGGAGCAGAGGUAAAUAUCUAGUUAAGAGUCAGGAUACUUAAGUUGGCAAUUGUUUCGUGAUUCGAGGUAUAUCUACCUCCAAGGGUGAUUGUUCUGCAUCUGAAUAAUCCAGAAAAACUUUCGAACAACAGGCCAUUUGCAACAUGGCAUCAUUUUAUUACUGUAGCUACUAGCACAAUCUAUUUCGUUUUAUUUUUCAUAUCUACAUUUGGAAUUCCCAGCGAGGUUUAAGUGAAAAUUGCCCUAAUGUGCACAAGGUGCUUAAGAAUUGUGGUAAAAGUAAUCAAAAGACGCCAUGACGAGCAAAUCACCUAUUCAAAGUUCAUUGCAACAUGAGCUUAUGGUUUAUGUACUAAUUUUAAUCUUUUUUGUACCCAGGUAGUUUUGUUCAUAGAUGCUGCAAAAGUCGAUGAAACUCGCUUGAAAGAACUAUUGAGGAAAGGAGUGGAAAUAGAAUAUGGGGGAAGAAAGGUAAAAAAACUUAACAGUACUUAAAAAUCCAGCUAUGUGGGGUAAAUUGCGAGAAAAUAUCAAUAUUGCUUUAUUAUUGUCAUCGUUAUCGUUAUCACGAUUCACUCCUGUUCAUUCCUGAUGUUCUUCUGGGUAGCGGUCUGAAAAGGCCACUUCUGAAUUGCAAAAACCCUCAAAUGCACAACCUUUCCUUGUGAAAACGAGUUUCAUUUGCAUGAAUUAAAGGUUGAGCACUUGACCCCGUUUUGAUACAGAGGCCGGGGGAACUUGAAAGUGGCCUAUUGUGUCUUAGCUUCCGCCCUUAAAUCAGGGACAUAACACUUUCGUCAACAUUAUCAUUUUCAUUGUAACUAGUUACAGCUAUCACCAAGUGCCAACGAGGAAAAAACAAUCCGAUUUCCGAAAAUGUCUGAUGUCUUUGCAUAAUCUGUACAAUAUAGGUUGCAAGUGAGAAGAAAUUCAUUUACUAAACUGAACUCGAGUGAGGUCGAGUUCAAAGAACACACUCUAUUAAACUGUACAAACUGUUUUUACUCACCUAAAAUGCCCAGGAACGUUGGAAAAAUCAACGACGACUGAGAUGAAGGAAAAACAACUCUGCCACUACCACGCUUGAUGAAAUGAUAACUUCAUACACCCAACUCACCCUCUGAUUGCUUCUUGUGUUAGCUAUUUGUUCACCUUAUCUUAUACAUCACUGGAGAACAGUACCUCGCGCAUCGGUAUUAAUGCUUUAUGAAUGAGUAUUUCAUCUGCCUUUAGGGGUUAUAAAGUGUCCGAAUUUUUGUUUUAUAGUUGCAUUUUAGUGGGAAAAUGACGACAGACUCUCCAUCAAUUAAUGUAACGAAAGACGAUGGCGAAACAAAAGGGCGUGAUGAUGCUGAAAAGUUGCCAUGGAAACUCCCUGUCAUUAUCGGUGGACCAGUUCUUAUAGUCAUCAGUAAGUCUUUCAUUUGCUUCUAGGGGAUGGAAAGAGAUCUCCCUUUUUUAUCGCCUCACACGCAGACGUUCUUUGGGCUUCGUCUCCCGUUCCUUACCCUCCUUCGUUGGGAGGAUUGCGUGACGAGCAAAAAGGAAGUCUGCGUGGGAGGCUACCUUUUUUAGAAUAACAAAAGAAGGAAAAAGAAAAUUCCUGAGGAGAGAUAGUUUACUUAGGUUUAAUCAAUUGCCAUAAUAUUUUUUGCCAAAAUUCUUUCCACUUCAUAUAAUACAUUUUGCUCCUUAAACUACUAGUUAUCUGGGCCUGCGCAUAGUUAUCUCAUCUAUAAACCAUCUUCUCCCUUUUAAAGAAAUGGUAAAGAAUUUUAUUUAUUACACUUUAAGUUUAUUAUACAAUCUAUUUUUUGUUGAUCGCUUCCCUUAUCAGUUAUAGGUAUCGUGGGCUUAGUCCUCUUGUGCAAGAGACGAAAGGAAAAACAAGCC